GGAGAUCUCCUCUCCCUGAUCUGGCUUUCCCUUAGGUUACUUUAAACCGAUAUAGUCCAAUACCUCUAGCCAUCGUUCGUCUCGUCAUUUAUUGCCUGUGUCUCGCUCUGUCUUUGUUCUUGUCCAGCUAUUGUAGCGCUUGAUCAACCAUGGCAACCAUUUCCAGGCUCACCACACCGAGCCCUGCGGCUUCUGCAUCUACUUUGAAACCCAGAUCUUCGCAGCCUAAGACUUUGAUCGGAUUCUACAGCGGAAGCACUUUCAACGCCAAAGUUUCAUCUUCCAAAUUAGCCGUUCGGACUAACCCCGCGAUCAGGGGCCCUUUGGUUGUCAGAUGUUCCCAAGGUGGAAAUGGAAGUCCAGCAAAGAGAACAGUUCUUCAUGAUCUCUAUGAGAAGGAAGGGCAGAGUCCUUGGUAUGAUAACCUAUGCCGACCUGUUACAGAUCUGCUUCCUCUGAUUGCAAGUGGUGUAAGGGGUGUAACUAGCAACCCAGCGAUCUUCCAGAAAGCAAUCUCUUCUUCAAAUGCUUACAAUGACCAGUUCAGGGAACUUGUUCAAUCAGGAAAAGACAUUGAAGCUGCAUACUGGGAGCUUGUGGUGAAGGAUAUUCAAGAUGCAUGCAAACUUUUUGAGUCAAUCUAUGAUGAAACAGAUGGUGGUGAUGGAUAUGUUUCUGUGGAAGUUUCCCCUAGACUUGCUGAUGAUACUCAAGGGACUGUAGAGGCUGCAAAAUGGCUCCAUAAAGUGGUUAAUCGCCCCAAUGUUUACAUAAAGAUUCCUGCUACAUCUGCUUGUGUUCCUUCAAUUAAGGAAGUUAUUUCACUCGGCAUAAGUGUCAAUGUGACACUCAUAUUCUCCCUUUCUAGAUAUGAAGCAGUCAUUGAUGCUUACUUGGAUGGCCUUGAAGCUUCCGGGUUAAGUGACCUCUCCAGAAUAACAAGUGUUGCUUCCUUCUUUGUCAGUCGAGUAGACACUCUCAUUGACAAGAAGCUUGAGAAGAUUGGAAGCCCAGAGGCCCUUGAUGUUCGUGGAAAGGCUGCGGUUGCUCAAGCUGCUCUGGCAUACCAGCUCUACCAGAAGAAAUUCUCUGGUCCAAGAUGGGAAGCUCUGGUGAAAAAAGGUGCCAAGAAGCAGAGGGUGCUGUGGGCCUCGACCAGUGUUAAGAAUCCUGCCUACCCUGACACCUUAUAUGUUGCUCCUCUCAUUGGACCUGAUUCGGUCUCAACCAUGCCAGACCAAGCUCUCCAAGCAUUUAUCGAUCAUGGUACCGUUUCAAGGACAAUUGAUUCGAAUGUAUCUGAAGCUGAAGGCGUUUACAGUGCACUUGAGAAGUUAGGCAUUGACUGGAACGAUGUUGGCAUCCAGCUUGAACUUGAAGGUGUGGAUUCUUUCAAGAAAAGCUUUGAAAGCCUGCUCGAUACCCUGCAAGAGAAGGCAAACUCUCUCAAAUUAAUCAGCCUGUGAGCCUUAUUGAUUUGCUUAUCUGUGUCAUGUUACAUUAAUAAAACUAGUGGGGUUCUGAAUCCUGCUGCAAAUGUAUUUGAGGAGCGCAUAUCAAGACGACCACGACGACAACGUAUUCGUGUAUGAGUAGCUUUACCGAUCUAUGAAUGGAAAUGGUAAGUGAUUUGCCAAGAAUAGAAACGUUAAUAAAACGUGGGGUGCUGAAUCCUGCUGUAAAUGUAGUGGAGGAGUGCAUUUCAAGAUGAUGUUUGAUGCAUUCAUGUAUGAGUAUGCUUCGCUGUGAUGUUAGGUUUGACGGAUCUACUGUUGGAUCAUGGUCAGGUGAUUUGUAAAGAUUAGUCGUGAUCUAUGAAAUAUGCAAGUUUUUAUUUUUCUUUCUUCUUAAAA